AUGGGGGGAGAGGAGGGGGGGUAUGAAGCCCCGCCCACCUGCGCUCUGCUGGACGUCUUGCUGAAGAACCGACACGACACUGGAGCCGUGAACCAGGUCUGGCCUGGACUCUACCUCAGCAACGCACGUGUGGCCAAAGACAAAGCCCUGCUGCAGGAUCUGGGGGUGACUCACAUCGUCAACGCGGCGCACGGCACGGGGCGCGUCGACACCGGGCCCGGUUACUACGGCGACACAGGUGUGGUGUACCUGGGCGUGGAGGCGGACGACAGGAAAGACUUCGACAUCAGUGUGUUUUUCACAGAGACGGCGGAGUUCAUCCACUCUGCACUCAGUCAAAAAGGUGUGGUCCUGGUGCAUUGUGCUCGUGGCAUCAGUCGCUCGGCGGCUCUGGUUGUGUCGUUCCUGAUGCUCAGACGUGACCUCUCUCUGAUGGAGGCGCUGCAGACGGUCCGUGCGCACAGACACAUCUUCCCCAACGCAGGUUUCCUCCAGCAGCUACGGGCUCUGGACACUGCACUGCACCACUGA